CCGCACCCUCCCCCCGCCCUCCGCCCAUCAAAGGAAGCGCGGCCCGGCUCUGAGGCCCGGGGCGGUCUCGCCCGACCUCCCCCCUCCCCGCCGCCGUGCCCCUUGGCGGGGUUUCUGCAGUUGGCCUGGCCCAGCGGGCAGCGAGCCCCCGCGGGCUGCAAACCCUCGCCCGGAUCGCAGGCUCCACGCGGCGCGGCCGCCGCCGGAAGCGCCCGGCGCAGCUCCGCCAGAGCCCCCGCCCGACCUGCGCCCGCGGAGCCCUCCCGGCGGGGCCUGGCGACCCCGGUCCCGGGCGGGCGGGCGGCCGUGCGCCCGCUGGAGAAGCCCCGCCUGCGGGCCCGCUGAGCUGGGGGCGGCCUCGGGGUCCCCGGGCGAGGGCUGGGGAGGGAAACCAAGUACGGGGUGGGUCAGGAAGAGGUUACGGCCGGGAACACCCAGCUCCCCCGGGCUCCGGUUUGCGGUGCCCUAUUUGCAAAAAUCGCUGCCUCGGGCGGCGCGGGCGGCGGGGUUGACGAGGGCCGCUGUCCGCGGUGCUGACUCCCGGUCCCGCCGCGCUCGGCCCUGCGCUCCGCCGCCGCCCUGCUCGCAGCGUGACGGCCAUCUUAUGGCCUGGCUCGCUCCGGGCAGGGUGGACAAUGAGGAUGAGUUUCACUAGUUUUCUUUCCUUCCCGCGGGAGUAUAUGUAAGAGCAGAGGGUGGAGAGAUGAGAGGGCCUCCGGGGCCGGAUGAGCCGGUCACAGUUUGCGCUGAAGUUUCUAGACCCGUCAUUUGUGCCCAUUACGAAUUCUCUCACCCAGGAACUCCACGAGAAACCUUCUAAAUGGACAUUUAAUCGGACAGCGUUUUUGCAUCAAAGGCAAGAAAUUCUUCAGCAUGUCGAUGUAAUAAAAAAUUUUUCUUUGACCAAGAAUAGUGUUCGGAUCGGACAACUGAUGCACUAUGAUUAUUCCAGCCAUAAAUAUGUUUUCUCUAUUAGCAAUAACUUCCGAUCACUGCUUCCAGACGUGUCUCCCAUCUUGAAUAAGCAUUACAAUAUCUGUGCUGUGGUUGGAAAUAGUGGGAUCCUGACAGGGAGCCAGUGCGGACAAGAAAUAGAUAAAUCAGAUUUUGUUUUUCGUUGUAAUUUUGCCCCUACGGAGGCUUUCCAAAAAGAUGUUGGAAGGAAAACCAACCUUACCACCUUCAAUCCCAGCAUUCUGGAAAAAUAUUACAACAAUCUUUUGACUAUUCAAGACCGUAAUAAUUUUUUCCUCAGUUUAAAAAAGCUUGAUGGGGCCAUUCUUUGGAUCCCUGCAUUUUUCUUCCACACUUCUGCAACUGUUACCAGAACGUUAGUUGACUUUUUUGUCGAACACAGAGGUCAGUUAAAAGUCCAGUUGGCUUGGCCUGGAAAUAUAAUGCAACAUGUCAACAGGUACUGGAAAAACAAACAUUUGUCACCCAAACGGCUAAGCACAGGUAUUCUUAUGUAUACCCUUGCAUCAGCAAUAUGUGAAGAGAUCCACUUGUACGGAUUUUGGCCUUUUGGAUUUGACCCCAACACAAGGGAAGAUCUUCCGUACCAUUAUUAUGACAAAAAAGGAACCAAAUUCACCACCAAGUGGCAGGAGUCCCACCAGCUGCCUGCUGAGUUUCAGCUGCUGUAUCGAAUGCAUGGGGAAGGGCUCACUAAACUGACUCUGUCACACUGUGCCUAAGAACUCCACAAGAAAAGUGCCAAAUGGUUGUCUAAAAAAGUGCCCCAAAUCAAAUUGAAUAGUCUUCUGAAUAGAACCCCAGAGACUGUCUUAUAAGGCUUGUCUGCCAUUUAAAUGGAAAGAUGUCUUCUUCUUUUGCACUGCUCUUUGAAUGGUCUUAGCCGAUUUCACAGGACAGAUGCGCUGAAACCAUGUGAUUUAAACUUGAUGGAUGAAAGGAAUGUUGCAUUUGGAAGUAUGCUGCUAACAAAAUGGUUUGAAGUAUUUCUGUGUUUGUAUUUUAAUAAUAAACUGCUCCUGUGUCAAUGAGGACAAGAGCUAUAGUUUUCUACAGCUCUGUUUAAGUGCAGUCCUCAGAGACCUCUGGCCAAUUAGGGCAGGAUCUGUUUAGCCAGUGGGAUCAGACUCUUCAGAAUGGAAAUAAAAAAUUGGUUUUCACUCCUUUCUCUCUCUCUCUCUCUCUCUCUCUCUCUCUCUCUCUCUCUCUCUCCUUUCUGUCUCUCUUUCAUGUCUCUUUCUCUCCCUGUCACCAUGUUCCUUGCCCCAUCACCAUAGAGUUUAAUAAUUUGCUAGGAAUCUUACAGAAUUAGCUUUGCUUGUAUGUGUUGCACCUGUAUUUGAUAUGUACAAAGCUGUGGAUCACUUUGAUAUUUCAUGACAAACCGAGCAAAUCAUGAUGAAUCCCCACAUGACGAAUUUUAUAAGAAAGCAUCCUCUAAAGUCCUCAUUUGUCCAUAUGGUCAUUCAACAGCAAGAUGGUCCCUCUGGAGUGAGUGGAAUAUAGUGUAGUGUGUCUUGCACUAUCUGAAAGGAAACCUGUGGUGUGGGUGGCAUUACAUGUCCUGGCAUGAGUAUGAUUAGGAUAGACAGCAGCACUGUGGCCCCACCUGCAAAGGCCUUUCAGCCUGUCUCCGACAGUCCCAGGCCAAGCUCUAGGUUGGGCAACCUCUCAGAAUACAGAGGCAGGGAGUCAGCUAAAUAGCCUGGGGCACAUACAGAAAAAUAAAGAACGUUUAAAAGUAGUUAUGGAAUCCCAUUCUACAGAGUUGUUACCUGUUCAGAGCCUUGGAGAACCAGCAGGGUUAGAGUUGGCCAUGUACCCCCCCAUGUGAAUAAUGCUGGGGUGAGAUUGUCUCAGUAUGGUGUCCCUCCACCACCAAGCUGGAACUGAUUGUUCACUCUGAAACAUUAGAUAUUUCCUGUCGCCACUGAAAUCAGAUCUCUAUGCCUAUAAAUUAAACCUCUCCAGAGGGAAAAGCCAUUGUAGAGUGGCAAGUCUUAGUACUGACUAACCCUUGGAGUUUGAGAGUAUGUAGAUCUGUCCUUUUCAUUGUUUCAGUCUUAGAAGCAAAAAGCACUUCUCUCCUUAACUUUUUACUGAACCAUACUUUGUUUUUCCAGUUCAGCCCAAAGUCUGGCCAAGUUGAUGUUAAAUUUUAAUAAGAAUUUCCUUUUUGUUUCCAAAUGCCAGUCAAGCACAUUUGUUUUAUGUUUGAGUGGGAUAGCUCGUUCUUUUCCAGAAAUUUUAUCUACACUGCUUGCAAUGCAACAAAUAUGGUUAGAAUUAAUUGCUAUUGCUCAUUCAUCAGCACAUUACCUCUCUUUGGAAAGGUAUAAUCAUGCCUAAAAUUAAACCAAAUACAAUAAGCAAAGAUAGUCAUUGUCUGCCCUGUCCCAAAGCUGUAUUCUUUUCAAGAAGAAAAUCAGAACUCAGGUCAGCACCAGUGAUGACACAUCUUACAAUGUCAUGUGAAUGUCAGUUAUCCAAACAGAUGGGAAAAAAUAGGAAUAGACAUUUUAACAUAGGAAAAUUUUAAAACCCUCUAAUUCUGAAAUAACUAUUAAAACAAGAUAAGACAUUUUAAAAUUCAGUGGUACAAUUUUAUGGGAAUUAAAACCGUAUCAUUUUUGUUCCUUCACUGUCACUUUAAAGAGCUUGAAAGAGGUCAUUAAUACUGCCUUACCAUUCUCAUUAUCCUUGGUUAGAAUCAUUAUGAGAUUGGUAACUGACAACCUAAGAAGUCAGCUGUCCCUAAACACUUAGAUCAUUUGGUUAUAGCCAAGUGAUACUAAUGCCAGUAUUACCCAGGCCAGGUACUAACACUAAGGUUUUAGUUGUAAUGUGCCCAUUCAUUUUUACUGGGUACAGAUGAAUAGACAGUUUGAACCAGCAGGUUAAAGGAGCAAAAAUCCAGAAUCCCUAAAACCAGUUUAUUGUUUCAAAGUGGACCACUUAAAUUUGAAUCUCAUCACAAUGCCAAGGUUUUGUGUUUGUUUUUUGAGUUCAGAGAGAGAGUAUUUUAAAAUGUUAAUGCACACUGGCUCCAUCUUAAGCUAAGAGUGGGAGGGCUUUCCCAUCCCAACCCCACCAUCAUCUUAGUUAUAAAUCUCAGUGGAACUCUGAAUAGGGAGGAAAUGGACUUUUCUCUAGAACUAGAAGGGUUUAGAGGUCAGCUCAUCCUUGUAGGAUUUCUUGGUGCUGAUCCCAAAAGACCACCCUUUUCUUCGUUAAAACUUUCUCUGAGGAAAAUUCCAGGCCCUCUUGAAAUUCAUUUAUAACCUACAUCCCUUUAUUGCAAAAUGUUUACAUGUAAUUUGUUAGUAAAGCAUUUAUCCCACUUUUCAGCACAUAGUAAGUGCUCAACAGGGGCAGCUUUUACUGUUACAUUAUUUGCAGUGUUGGUUACAACCAUAUGGACAGUUCCAGUGUAGAAGAAAAGUAGCCACUAGCUAAUCACACAAGAUCCCUUUUUGUUGUUAAAGAUUGGUUCAGAGAUUAAAGCCAUAUGACCACCAUAAUGAUCAAAAGAUGGUGGCUCCCAUGUUUCCCUAUCAGAAAGCAGUGGUGUCAGUAACCAGAGAUUGCUGACUCCCCCGUCUCCCAGGCUUGUAUGGUCAAGAGCAGUGAAUUGGGCAGAGAGAGCAUCUCACAUGUGAUUGAAGCACAGAUGCACACCCUUGGUUUUGCACUGUCCUUACUUUUCUGGUUUUAGGCUAAAUAUAUUCUUUUGUCAGAAACUUUUCUCUUUUUAAAUACUUCUAGAAGAGCCCAGCAACAAUAAUAAAUUUUUACCAUGAAUCCCCCCAAGGCUGUCUGCACAUGACACCCACAUGAAUGACCAGUUAAGUUGCAGAGGAAGGAAAAAAAAAGUCCACAAACAUUCGGCAGCCUGCUUAAUACUCGACCCUCAGUUUUUACCAGCUGUUCUGUGUCAUGUACAGACGUAGAUCCUGGGGAGACAGGAUUAAAGGUUUUCUCAAGAUUUCCUCCUCUCUUGCCUAUAAUUGAUGAUUAAAACAUAUGUGGUUCCUCCACCUUGUGUCUGUGUCUUAGAUGUCCAUUGUAAAAGUGUGUUUAGUAGUAAGUAGUGUGUACCCAACAGUGCCGUGACCUUGAUGUCAGGCAUCUGACCAUGGGGCUACCAACAAGGACAGCCCCCAGGAAGAGCUCUCCCUCCCAGUCUUCUUGUCCGCAGGUCACCAAUUAGCUAUAAAUGUGAGUGCCAAGACAAACCCAUCUUGGUGGGGAAGUUGAGGCCUGAAAGAACAUUUCUUCUAAAUUUGGGCAAGGCACUGUGUUAGACACUCUCAGGAAAUACCAUAUUGUUGGCCUAAGGCCCAUGGAAGAAGGAAAUUGUCAAGUGCUAGGACACUGGAAAAGGAAGAGGCUGAGUUUUUCCAGUACUAAUUAUUGACUUUUCACAUGAGAAAAUGGACCUACAAAAAGGAAGAGUAAUUUGCCCGUUGCAGGGUAAUUGCUGGAGAAAUUAUGACUCUUCAUCUUGGCUGGAUCAGUGUCAAAUGAAAGGCAAGAGAUUUUGGUCUCAGGUCCUUGGGGCAUAAAAAGAAGGCCUGUGAAGGACAAAAAGGGAAAAAAGAAAAAUAUUUCUCAGCACAAAACAAGGAGAUGUUUGCCUAGCAGCCCACUGGUAAUGGUCCACAUUUUCCAGAAAAAUGAAAAGAAAAACCCUCUUAUUAAACCACCAUUUAGCAAGAAGUGGUUUAGUAAGAGGGUUUUUUUUAAUUUGAUAAAUCAAUUUAGUUAUUGAUGGUUCACAGUUGACAACUGAAAUCUUAUCCAAUAAUCUAUAUUAAACUGUUUUGGUAAUAUGCAUGCAUAAUUUAUAAGUUAAAGACUGAAAAUAUUUAUGUACUUUUCCUUAUGUAUAAUUUUCAGCAGGGGUUCCUUGAGUUGAGAAAUUCUUUCCAUAGUAUGCCGAAUUUUAAUGGUACAUUUAGAUUACUACAUUUAGUUCAACAUGCUAAGAAGAUGUACAAAUUAUAAUAACUUUGGUGGGUCUCCCUUCAAAAUGGAAAACUGAACAAUUUCAUGUAUAUUUCUAGAUCUGAAGUUGUGUGUGUGUGUGUGUGUGUGUGUGUGGUGUGUAAUGAGCAUGCCAGGCAUAGGUUUCUGUGUAGCUUCUACUCCUGCCUGAAUGUAUACAGUGAAAGCUUUGCUUAGGAACAGAGUUGGGGCUGUGUAUGUGGUUGAAGAGUCCCAAUGAAACACCACAGCACCUGGGGAUCUGGGCACUUUACCUGGAUGUUUGACCUGUCUGCAUUCUGUGGCCCAGUAAAUCAAAGCUACAGAGAAGUUGAUACCAAAAGCCAAAAUAGCUAAGUAUGUCUUCCUCACAUUCUGACUGCUUUGCCACCUACAUAAAACAUUUUAAAUAGGAAACACUUUAGAAUGUUGUAUUAUGCGGUGUUUCUGAACAUUUAUUUUUAUUGUGAUGACUUACCAAAAAUAGGUAUUUGAAUAGAUGUUUUAUCUUCUAUGAAGCUCAUUCUCUUGUUAUUGAUUGCAGUGGAAUUGCAGUGAAAAUCCUGUGGCGGAAUAACUGACUCCAUUUAAGUCUAUAGUUAGGUUCUGGGUUAGGACUUGACUCAUUCACCAACAAGAAAAAGGAAAUUAGGAACUCUUCAAAAUGCAAUUCCUGCUCCUCUUUCCAAACAUUUAACUUAAAAUGUAUCAGGAUAAACCUAACUUACAAAGACUCACAGAUGAUUCCAAUGUUGCCAAGCCAUUGGAAACCAAUAAUAUUAAUACUAGUUAAUAUUAAUAAUAUUAAUUAAUAAUGCACCAUUCUGACCAAAGUAGCUGAAUACAUAUCACUCCUCAUGUAAUUAAUAUAAAAAGUUCCUUAAAAUUAUCAAAAUAUAUGGCAAGACUCACACAGUCUUAAUGACUCAAACAUUCAACUCUUGGCUAGGUUGACCCGUGGUUAGUGAACAGUAAUUAGUCUAGCCAGAAUGAUUGUAAGCUUGAGGACAAAGUUAGGAGCAUGGCUUUAAUGUGUAUAACUCCAAGAUCAAUGCUUUGUUUCACUGUCUAUAUUUCAAAUAAAGGAACCAAUCAUAGAACAUUCAUUUUUAUAAAUGGAUUGACUGAGAAAAGUUAGAAAAGUUAAAUGAUUUAUUCAAACUUGAUUUGGGAGUUAUUCCCAGAGCCUAAAAUAUUCCUCAAGGAGUCUGAUUUCUCAUUUUCAGAUUCAAGCCCCAAAUAGAGGUCUCCAACUAAAGUGAAACCAAUCAAAAAAGAAAAUUCAAAGGGCUAAAAUCCCCACAUCAACCCAACAUACGUGAAGUGCUCAGUUGCUACUAACUGCCUCCCACCGGCUUCUGUUGGAGAAGGUACUGCCAGCUGAUGAAAUUUUGGUCAGGCUUUUUUCUAUAUCUGGGCACAUACAAAGCCUUUACUCUUCAGAGGAACCAAAUGACUCCUUUGAUUUCCCUUUUGGGUGAGUCAGAAGCAGUUGUAGCUCCUUGGUAUACUGGCACUGAAGAACUAGCACUUACCAAUUUCUGUGGUGUAAAUACUCUCAUCAUAGCCAAUUUCAAACUACUGACUUAAUUUCAAUCAGAUGACAAUACAACAAUAUUUACAAGAGCCAGUACAGGCUGGCUUCAAAAUGAGCUGCCUUCAGCACAGCACUGCCUGAACAAUCUCCGAGUCAGUGAGUAGCAAAUAGAACAGGCUAGCAGUGGCUUUGGAGGGCCACCCAAAUGCCCCUUUCUCACAGGGGAGCAUUUUCCACCUUGGACAGUUCAACUAAUUUUUAGUAAAAGACUAUUAUUUGGGCUGAGGAUGUACCUCAAGUGGUUGAGCACUUACCUAAACAGGCAUGGAGCUCUGAGUUCAAUCCUCAGCACCACACAAAAAUUCACAUAGAUAUAGAUGGAUAGAUAGAUAGAUGGAUAGCUAGAUAGGUAGAUGGAUAGCUAGAUCGAUAGCUGUAUAGAUAGAUAGAUAGAUAGAUAGAUAGAUAGAUAGAUAGAUAGACAGACAGACAGACUGGUUUUAGGUUAAGGUCCUAAAGGGUUCAAAAUGUACCCUAGCCAUCUGCUAUUAGCAACUUCUCAAAAGGUUCCUCAGCAUCUUAGAUUAACAGUAGUGUUUUUUCUAACUUCAGAGUGACUUUCCAAGUACAUUUAUUCUCUAAUCUAACAGCAAGUUGGAAUGGUGUUUAGCUAAUUUAUUUUUCCAGUACCAAGGAAAGAACCCAAGACCUUUGCACUGAGCCGCAUCCCUAUCCCAAAACUAUUAAAUUGUCCACUUGGUUGUCUUUCUUCUGACAAAAUGUAAAAUUCAGAGGCAUCCAUAAAAUAGGCUAAAAACAGCACAGGGUAAAAACAAGACACUGACCUAUCUUAGCUGGUCCCGUGUGCCUGCAGAGGCUCUGUUAAUUGUCUGUACCCCACCAAGGGACACUCAGCUGAGGAUCUUGACUGAAAUCUGAAUAUGCACAGCAGUUUAUUCCCUUAGAACAUCAUCAAUGAUAAAAAUAUACCACGGACUAGGAACACCUCUGGGUGGAUUGGAGUGGCUGAGUGGGCACACUGUGUAGAGCAAGGUGACAGGUAAUGCUUUGUGCUUAGCUAAGCUUGUGUGAAGCUAGAAAAGUAUAGAUGGUAUUUCUAAUAUAAAGCUAGAAAAGAACUCCACCCACAAUCAUGUGGCCACUGCACUGAGCAGGAGAGCAGCUGUCCUCCCUUGCCCCCUGGUCAUGAGUGGACCUCUACUGAAUGUUUAGAAUUCAUAUGCCCUUGCAAUCCACAGAACGUGCUUACAAAUUAAGUUUUUCUGAUGGAAAUCAUUCGGAAAUGGGUGUAAUUAAAUCUUGUAGAAAACAAUGCUGGGGGAAAUUAUUUAAUUCUUCAGACGUAGUGAAUGCCCAUAAGUGUUUGUUGUGCAUAUAGUGAACCAAAUUUAGAUCAUGAAGGAACAACUCUACUUUCCUUACUGUAGUAAAACACCCUUCAGGUUUUAUAAGGCAUUUCUACACUAUAAAUGUUUAAAAUUCAAAUUGGAAAUUUUUAUACAGUAUUAAAGUUAAAUGGCUCUGUUUUCUGUUCUUCUUAAUGAUCAUUGAAAUUAGCUUCUUUUUCUACACUGUGCAAGCACAUUCUGUUUUAAAUGAAUCAAGUAUGUGUUUGAAUGUUUUUCUGUGUUCCCAAAAAGUUUUGUGUAGCUUGGGCACAAAGUACACUUUCCUCUGGCUCUUUCUGAUGCCAGAGAGGUUAAGUCCAUAGCUACAAGCACUUGACAGGUAGGCAACAUCUUAUUAUGAACAAAUUUCCAGCAAAACCAGCUGUGAGGAAUGAGCCAUGAUCAGAAUAUUUUUUGCUGGGAAGAUAGAGAUGAAAAAUUGUUAGACAAUGAGAAAGAGAUUUGGUCAAAACAUAGAGGUGAAAUGAACUUAUUGCAACACUUUCAAAAUAGAGGGUGAAGUUUCCCUUGAUAUACAGGAUCUAGACCUUUUUUUUUUUAUCUAGACCAUUUUGUAAAAAUUAGAGUAGCAGCACUCUACACUAGAGCUGCUGUUUAAACAUAUCUGAUUCUGCAGGAUCAGAUCUUCAGAAAGGCAGCCUUACAGCAGGACCCCUAAGAAGGAUUUGUGAUGGUCUGGGACUCCAUCACCAAGCAUCAGUAACUAGCACUGAAAUUCUCCGAGGACACAGGACAGACACACCGAAGGAUCACAGCACAGGAUUAUCAUUCACUUGCCUGGGACAUUCACCUAAGCCCAUAUCAGAACUUCAUUAUCUCAUAUGUCAGGUCUAGAUUUUAGAUGAACAUCCCCCAUGUGGUGACCAGGUUUAGGAGGUCAGCAGGACAUCUCUGCUCAAUUAGAAUUACAAUAUGUCUCCCCACCACUGAUUCUGUAUCACAAUAUCCUGUUUCUGUUCUUUAGGUAAGAAGUUGACAUUCCAUUAUGAAAGCAUAAAUUAGACAAAAGAAUAUUUGUGAUAUUUUCUCUCAUUUUAAGUUCUAUGAGAUAUACUAUUUCAUUUUCACAUCAUGUUAAAGACUAUUAGUGAAGAAUAAAGAGCAAAGCUCUAUGUGGAAUAAAUGAAACCAAAAGGUCAAAAGGUAGGAGGACAGUGAAUGUGAGUAAUUAAAGAAAUGAGCAAGAAGCAUGUGUCAGGGAAAAUAAAUGACUCUGAUGUUAUUACCAUGGCACCCUCCCUCCAGACUUGACGCAUUUAUUUUAGAAAAAGCAUCUAUGGUGAGAGACUUACAAUGAAGACUUUGCCCCUUCCCAAUUGCAUCAGAAGUUUCUUUGCCCUUUGGAAGAAGCUGUGACUCUUACAAUUAGACUCACCUGUCUUGUGAGAGGUGGCAUCACCUGCCCUUGGAAACUCAAGUUGCUGCUAAGGGGUGAGGACCACAGACACGUGGAAGAAGCCAGCCUUGCUGGACUGAGGAUCAUGUAAAUAUCUUCUACCUUCUUGAUGAACAAGGAUGAUCAUCUUUCACAGAGGUAAUUUGCGUGUAUAUUGUGGCUGUAGUUUGUGAAGAAACUGCAAUGGUUUGCUUCGACAGCUCCCCAAAUGUACCUGUUAAAUGUGAUGUGCCUGCCUCAUUGCCUCAUGUGCCAAACACAAUAAUGAAUGCAUUGUUUUUAAAUAAAUUGUUUUAUUGUGAAUUGGAAAA